AUGCCAUACCUCACACAAUGCCUCACACAUAACAAGCUGAACAUAGGUAUAAACUCUGAUAGUAUGCCAUACCUCACACAUAACAAGCUGAACAUCAGUACAAACUCCAACACAAAGCCAUACCUCACACAUAACAAGCUGAAUAUCAGUACAAACUCCAAUACAAAGUCAUACCUCACAAUUAACAAGCUGAACAUAAGUAUAAACUCCAAUACUAUGCUGUACCUCACACUUAACAAGCUGAACAUAAGUAUAAACUCCAAUUCAAAGCCAUACCUCACACAUAACAAGCUGAACAUCAGUACAAACUCCAAUACUAUGCCAUACCUCACACAUAACAAGCUGAACAUAAGUACAAACUCCAAUACCAAUCCAUACCUCACACUUAACAAGCUGAACAUAAGUAUAAACUCCAAUUCAAAGCCAUACCUCACACAUCACAAGCUGAACAUAAGUACAACCUCCAAUACCAAGUCAUACCUCACACUUAACAAGCUGAACAUAAUUACAACCUCCAACACAAAGCCAUACCUCCCACAUAACACGCUGAACAUAAGUAUAACCUACGAUAGUAUGCCAUACCUCACACAUAACAAGCUGAACAUCAGUACAAACUCCAAUACAAAGUCAUACCUCACAAUUAACAAGCUGAACAUAAUUACAAACUCCAACACAAAGCCAUACCUCACACAUAACAAGCUGAACAUAAGUAUAAACUACGAUAGUAUGCCAUACCUCACACAUAACAAGCUGAACAUAAGUACAAACUCCAACACCAAGCCAUACCUCACACAUAACAAGCUGUACGUAAGUAUAAACUCAAAUACAAAGCCAUACCUCACACCUAACAAGCUGAACAGCAGUACAAACUCCAAUCCUAUGCCAUACCUCACACAUAACAAGCUGUACAUAAGUAUAAACUCCAAUACUAUGCCAUACCUCACACAUAACAAGCUGUACAUAAGUAUAAACUCCAAUACUAUGCCAUACCUCACACAUAACAAGCUGAACAUCAGUACAAACUCCAAUACAAAGCCAUACCUCACACAUAACAAGCUAAACAUAAGCACAAACUCCAAUACUAAGCCAUACCUCACACAUAACAAGCUGAACAGCAGUACAAACUCAAAUACCAAUCCAUACCUCGCACAUAACAAGCUGAACAUAAGUACAAACUCCAAUCCUAAGUCAUCCCCCCCACAUAACAAGCUGAACAAAAGUAUAAACUCCAAUACUAUGCCAUACCUCCCACAUAACAAGCUGAACAUAAGUAUAAACUCCAAUCCUAUGCCAUACCUCACACAUAACAAGCUGAACAUAAGUAUAAACUCCAAUACAAAGUCAUACCUCACACAUAACAAGCUGAACAGCAGUACAAACUCCAAUACCAAUCCAUACCUCACACAUUACAAGCUGAACAUAAGUACAAACUCCAAUACUAUGCCAUACCUCACACAUAACAAGCUGACAAGUUUAUCUUCGUCUGUAACUGUUGUACAGCUGUCAGACUGUAUCCCUGUCUGUGACUGUCACACAUAA